UUAGAAAAUUAAAGAAAUAAAUAAUUUUCAAAAGUUGAGGGGGGAGAGAUCUAAAAUCCAAAAUCUAAAAUCUAAAAACCCGAACACAAAAUUGAAAACCGAAAACCAAAAUCUUCACUAUGGCCUUUCACGUAGCUUGCCCAAUUACAUGUCGGCGAAUCUGUUUCUGCUCGCUAGGGUUUGGACGGAAUCUCCAGGGCGCGAAAUCCAAGGAGGAGUUCUUGAAGGAGGUAGGUCGAGUUGAGGAGUUCCUUAAGGAUCCACGGGAAGCUAGGGUUUCGAGGGAGGGGACGGUACAAGUACAGGUUCCUAAGGUUAUUCCUGCUCCAACACCGAUUUUGGUUGCGGCUGCGGUCGAUGGAGACGGUGGAGGUCUCGCUGGCGCUGGCGGAGGCGAUGUCGGGGAUGAGGCUAUUGCGGUGUCUGCACAUACUAAGCGCGUGGCGCUGCAGAAGAAGGCUGCCGCUGCAAUGGUCGCCGCCGAGGAUUAUGCCAGGAGGUUCGAGUCUGGUGAUAUUGCGGUUGGAGCAAACGAUCCAGAUAGAGAGGAGCAUGGUCAGUCCAACAUGAAUAUAAUGUGCCGGAUGUGCUUUUUGGGUGAAAAUGAAGGUAGCGAGAGAGCAAGGAGGAUGCUCUCCUGCAAAAACUGUGGGAAGAAGUACCACCGGAGCUGCUUGAAAUCCUGGGCUCAGCAUAGAGAUUUAUUUCAUUGGAGUUCCUGGACCUGCCCCUCUUGCCGAAUCUGUGAGGUAUGCCGAAGAACAGGUGAUCCCAACAAGUUUAUGUUCUGCAAGAGGUGUGAUGGGGCAUACCAUUGUUAUUGUCAGCAUCCUCCGCACAAGAAUGUUAGUUCCGGACCAUAUUUGUGUCCAAAGCAUACAAGAUGUCACAGCUGUGGAUCAAAUGUCCCUGGAAAUGGCCUAAGUGUGCGAUGGUUCCUGGGAUAUACUUGCUGUGAUGCGUGUGGAAGAUUGUUUGUCAAGGGAAACUAUUGCCCUGUAUGUUUAAAGGUUUACAGAGAUUCAGAAUCGACUCCAAUGGUUUGUUGUGAUAUUUGCCAGCGCUGGGUGCACUGCCAGUGUGAUGGGAUCAGUGAUGAGCAGUAUCUUCAGUUUCAAGUAGAUGGAAAUCUCCAGUACAAAUGUGCUACGUGCCGUGGAGAGUGCUACCAGGUCAAGGAUCUAGAGGAUGCUGUUCGAGAGCUUUGGAGACGAAGGGAUAUGUCUGACCGGGAGCUAAUUGCAAGCUUGAGGGCUGCUGCAGGGUUGCCAACUCAAGAAGAGAUAUUUUCUAUUUCACCUUACUCUGAUGACGAGGAAAAUGGCCCAAUGAUUGGGCGUUCUUUAAAGUUCUCUUUGAAAGGGUUACUUGAUAAGUCACCAAAGAAAAACAAGGAAUAUGGAAAAAAAUAUUCAAACAAAAAGUAUAACAAGAAAAAAGGAUAUCAAACAUCUGUAGUCAGUAUAGAACUGCAUGAGGGUUCUGAAGGGCAGCACGAUGCCCGAUCAGAUGGAUGCAGCUUGGGUGAUGAAAAGAAUGAUGAGUUGCAAUCUCAAAGAAAUGAAGCCCUUGAUAUUUCUUCUCCUGUCGUUGGAAUUUUAAGCCAUGCUGAAGGUAUUUGCUCUACUAAUCAGCCUAUUACUCGGAAACACAAGUUUGUAGAAGAGGUUAUGGUGAGCGAUGAAGAUAGAACACCAAGAGUUGUUAAAAUCAAGAGCAAUAAGCCUCAUGGGCCAGACAGCGAGGAUGCUGUAGAGCAGCAGUCUAGCAAAUUGAAGACGGGGGCGAAAAAGUUAGUAAUAAAUCUAGGUCCACGAAAGAUAAAUGUCACCAACUCUCAGAAGACUGAUGCAUCAACCUGCAGAAGGGAAGAUCUGACUACCUCUAAUGGUUUUGAAGAUACAAGCCAGCAGCAGAGGAUGAGUGACAAGUUUACACAGGAUAGAUAUGAAGUAACUAAUAAAUCUGCUGAUGGGGACACAGUUGAUCGUGCUGCCAAUAUAAGAGGUUUAAAAAUUGCUGGCAAGUUUGGAAAGGUCAGAUCAGAAGAUUCAGACAUAAAAUCUGAACAGAAGAGAAAUAGUGGUGAUGGAUUUCCACAGGAGCAGAUGCGAAUUUCAUUUGGUAAAAGAAGUACAGAAGUAAACAAGGCUGCAGUUGUACCUAAAGAGGAAGUUCCUACAUCGAGAGGUGAGAAGGAGUUUUCAGGGAAUCAAUUAGAAGGCAGGAUCGGUUUAACUGGUGAAGGCAAUGAUGAUCAUGAUCUCACACCUACCUUGCAUUCUUCUCAAAGAGAUUCCAAAACUUUACUGAAGUUUAAACUAAAGAAGCCAACACUUGAAAACCAGAAUUCUCAGGCCUCUCAGUUUGAGGAAGAAAAGAGUUUCAUAAAGGGCCAAAGGUCAAAGAGAAAAAGACCAUCACCCUUGAUGGAAAAAUCUUCUUUUAAUGAAGAUGAGGAUGUCUUGGUUUCACAUAAAGACAGUUUAAUGGAUGAGAUAAUGAAUGCUAAUUGGAUUUUGAAAAAAUUAGGCAAGGAUGCAAUUGGAAAGAGAGUUGAAGUUCAUCAGCCAUCUGAUAAUUCAUGGCACAAGGGAGUAGUUACUGACAUCAUUGGCGGCUCAUCCACAUUGUCUGUUACUCUAGAUGAUGGUAGAUUGAAGAAACUGGAACUUGGGAAGCAGGGGGUUCGUUUCAUUCCCCAAAAGCAAAAGAGGUCGAAGGCAUGAAGGCUGGACUUUUCUCAUCAUCUCAUGUUAAGAAUUUCUUCCCUCGUACAGGUGAAACAGCAGCUCCAUUUCCUCAAUUCCCAAUUGAUGUGGUUUGUAAUUCUUGUAUGAGGUGUAAAUUUCUAGAUAAGGCAUUAUUUUUGUCAGAAGCUGUUCAUUCUUUUCGAUGAAUGGCAAAUAUAUCUAGUUGGGUUUUUUUCCCCCCUCUCUCUUAUAAGAAGCCUGUUCAUUUCUCUUAUGUAGUGGGUCUUCCAUGUAUUCAAAUUCCUAUUUGGGAAUGUAGUUUUUUUCUGCUUUUUCAGAAUUAUGAUAUUUGAGCUAGGUAGCCAUUGUAUUCACUGAUGAUAUUAGCUUUAUGCCUAGGUCCUGUAAAUGAGUUUUUUGUGUGCCUUGUGCACUUUAACAUUGUAGAAUUUUUGUUUGAAAUUUCUAGUGAUUUGAAUUGUAUGAGGCA